UCAAGAAUCGCACUUAUAUUAUAAUGAACUAAAUUGCAUGACAGUAACUUGAGCUGCGGAGUCUAACCAAGAUGAGAUUUCUGGCUGUUUUGAUUGCAAUCGCAGUGAUUUUUCCAAGCUCUUCCCACCAAUUCUGGCCCGGUUUCUACGACUCGAGCUGCCCAGGCCUCGCAUCCAUCGUCGCGCAAGUUUCACUGAGGAGAUUCCAGCAGCUGACCAAUCACCCAGCACAAGUUCUUCGGCUCUUCUUCCACGACUGCUUCGUAGAGGUUUGUGUUGAUCGGGUAGAGCGCGUUUGCCAAUCCCACAAGCAAUGCAGGGCUGCGAUGGAUCGAUCCUCAUCGGCCAAACUCCGCAGUCCUCGGUCGAGAGAGACUCCGUGGCAAACCGGGACUUAGUCCAGGAUGCGUUUGAUACGAUCGAUCUCGCGAAGCAAGCCGUGGAAGCCCAGUGCCCGGGUGUGGUCUCGUGUGCUGAUAUACUUGCGAUGGUCACUCGAGAUAUGUUGAUCCUGGCAAGUUUCCAGCAUACUUGUAUGUCCUUUUUUUCAGGCUCUCACACGCUCGGGGUCUCCCACUGCUCGCAAUUCAGCCAGAGGCUCUAUGGAGUCAACACCUCUCUGGACGGCACUGACCCUUCUCUCGAUCCAUCCUUCGCGAAGGAGCUCAAGAAGGACUGCCCGCCAGGAGCCCCUGUGACGGCCAUCGAGUUCUUCGACAAGGCCGCGCCUUUCACCUUCGACAACCAUUACUUCAAGAACCUGGAAGCCGGCAGAUCGCUGCUCACAUCCGACGAGAGCCUCCUCGCCUCCUUCCCCUCCAGGGAAAUCGUCAGGCUAUUCGCUCGAGAUCCACCGCUGUUCUUCUUUUCCUUCGCGGCAUCCAUGGACAAGCUCUCCAGACUGGGCGUCAAGACCGGCGGGGCGGGCGAGAUCCGGCGAUCGUGUAACCGAUUCAAUGCGCAGUAGCUAGAA